AGCUGGAUUGAUUACUGGGUGGGGUCAAUGACUAAUCAGAUGUACACAAGGACACAAAGUCACAUCCCUCUCAGCCAUUAAAAGUGACAAACAAGAGAUACUAAAAAAAAAAUCAAGGUUGGGCCUAUUUUGCCCUGUUUUCCAUUCUCUGACAGCCAUGGACAGACAGUUUAAUCUACAUUAUGGAAGCCUGUUCUCCAUAUCAGAAAAGGACUGGCAUCCAAAACACCACACAUAGCUUAAGUGAAGACUGCUUUGUUCUCAAUAGUGAUUGAUCAGAAGAUGAACACUGGACAUUUUGGAAAAUUGAUUAAUUUAGUUUUGAAAAUGUGCAAUAAGUGAUACAGAGUGAUGGGAGUUUCAUCCUGGAAAAGCUAAAACCCGAAGGAUUAACAAAUGAAAAAGACAGAAGUAUGGAAAUUGAAAAUUCAGCUCCAUUGAAUUUUACACUGGGGAAUCAAAGCGCUCGUUGGAAUAAACUAAUAGAAACUAAGUUGACUUCCUUCCAGAAUUGUGAAAAUCCAAGCUGUUCAACACAGUCACCCUGACCUGUCAGCUAGUUCAUUUACAAAUGGUCUUCAAGACAUAAACUAAAAGACCUCUAAUCAACUUCAAAACAGAAAGAAUCAAAAAGUAAAAAGUAAUACAGAAGAGAUCUGUGUGCCAGGAAAAAUAGUUUAACAGGCAGUUAAAAUACCAUGGAGCAGAAAAUCUUAGAAGAUUCAGAAAGAACAAGAUCACUGAAACCUAUCUUGCUAAUGUUAUCUCCAAGCAAAACUUCCUCAAAGUACAGAUCUUCAUCGUUACCUAGGGAUAUUAAGACGAUUCCAGUUGCCAAAUUGGAGAAAAUAAGUUCUUCACCAAAACAGCUCCAAAAUUACCAACUCGAACUGCAGGAGCCAGAACUGGACAUGAUUUACCUACAUCUGGAGACAGAACUUCAACACACACAGGAAAAGCUGAAAGAGCUGACAGAAACAUUACAAAGGACACAAAGCAAUCAGACAGAAUUACAAAGAGUUAACCAGGAUCUUGAAAAGAAGCUGCAUAGGAUGGUAGAACUACAUGAAGAGGAAAAGAGAAAUCUCAGCCAUGAAGUCAUCACUUUAUGCAAUCAGCUAAUGGAAGCCAAAAUAACCAUAGAUGAAUUAACAGAAAACAAUCUACCGGCAGAAGUUCAAGAAAGGGUUAGAAUCCAUGCAGAGAAAUUUGGAUGUGAUAUUCCUGGGACUGCAUGUCAUUCAUCUUUCUUCAACACUCAAGCUGACGUUUUACAGAAACUUGAACCAACUGGUUUAUCAGGCUCUGCAAUUCCUGUGUCACCCUCAAGAAAGGUUACAUAUGAUCAUUUGAACAGCAUUAAUAAACCUGACCAAUGGUCACCUUGCAAGUCUAACUUAUAUCAUAGUGAUACAGCUCUUUACUGCCCUGCAGAACAGAGAGACAGAUGGCAGGUUAGAAAUGCUCAUUUUUUAAAAACACGGAGCUUUACAGAUAGCUGCACAGAAGCCGAGGGCUUUAGUCCAACUCUCACAAGUGAAAUGCUUUCAAAUUAUACUGCAUCAAUACCAAGUUCCUCCAGCUAUCUAAGCAGCACCAUGACAGCUGAGAAGAAAAGAACCGCAGAAGCUAAAUCAACCUUGCCUCUAACCCAACAAGUUGUUUUGAAAGAUGAUAUUCAUGAAAGAAAAUACAACACUUCGGAAAGGCAAGAAAACAAGAAAUGUCAUUUCAUUCCAACAAAACCACUACAACAAUUCACAGACAUGGCACUAGGUUAUAAAGAUAGCACACAACAAUGCUCUGCCACUCCUCCAAUAGACUUUAGUGAUUCACCACAUUUGUUUUGGUUCAGUACUAAGCAUGUAACAAUCCCAAAGCUAUACAAUGAUCAAGAAGAUGAGAACAACUUAGAAAAAGACAGAAUGGGUCAACUUAAGAAAGCCAACACGCACUAUACAAAUACUUCUUCACACAGGAUUUCUGGAAGGAUUUUGAGUAGUGAUGUUGAGCAGCAAUGGAAUAGUCAUCUGAUGAAGGAAACAACCAACAACAUGAACCAGUUUUUCGUCAGAGAAAAUUAUUUCCCUGAUGGUGAAGAUAUCAACAAAAGUACCUUUACAGAUGUAGGCUUUGGUGCAAUGAACUAUCAACCUUGCUUAGAGAUUGAUCACAAUAAACAAGAAAGCUCCUCCAUGCUGAGAUACACAGAGACAGAAGAUGGACCUAAAAUAUUGCCAAGUGAAAGGAAUACAAAUAAAAUGUACAUCAAAAAUACAAAUACUGUUUCGGACAUUAAUAGAAUUGUUGAUGUUGCCUCAAACACUUUGGCUAAAUCCUUAUGCCAACGUCCCAUUAAAUUUUUAAUGGUUCAUAAUGUUCCCUUGGAUGAUGUUGUUUCAAGUAGCAAACAAGAAAAACCCUUAAAGAUAAGUGGCCUUUACAGGAAGGACAGCCUCAUAAAGGCUCAACUUUAUGGAAAUCUACUAAACUAAUAAUCCAAAGAAAAAAUGAAUCUCCUGAAUGAUUGUACAAAUUUGCAAAUGUACAUGUUGUGAAUAUAUAUGUCAUGGCUCUUGUAUUUUAGCAUAUAAUUUUGAGCUUUAGGAACUGAAAUUUAACUGUGGAAACCAGGGUAAGUGUAAUGGAAACACCAUUACAUUAAAAGCACCAUGAACUCCAAUCUUUUAAGUGGUUAACAACUGGAAAUAGAGGGUCAGAAACAGCUGGCUGAACUGCAGACAUGGUGUCUAUUCUCCCUGCCGUGAUAACUGGGCAAAGGAAUUGUUUAUCUUGCAAGUUAAAACUAAAUUAGUUAAAAGUAUUCAGUCAAAUCUAAUUGUUGUAAAACUCAUUUACUUACCAAAUAAUACAUUAUUAAUGAGGGAUAUUAACCCAAACGUUAGGUUAAGGACAGCUCAGAGCAAGCUAUAUGAUCAACAUAUGAAUUAGGACCAGAAGUAGGCCCUACGGGUCUGCGCAGCUACUCAAACGGAGUAUUCCCUGGUCCCACUGAAUCUUCAUAACCUCUGGUUGGUGCCAUACCUGGCAUAAAGAAAGAUGUUUGUGG